UGUCAUUCACUUUGUCAAAAUGGCGCUAGAGUCGGCCUAGACUCGGCGUCAAUGCUGUUGUCUGUUUGAGCCUUUGUGUGCUACCUGGGUCCGUGGACGCCAUUAGUUUUUGUGCUUGUUAGUGCAGCUUUUAUUUUAAGUGGAUUUCAGAAAAAAAGUAGUUUAGAACUCCACUUUCAAUAAAGAAAGUCCGCCCUGUCUGUGCAGCUAUGUCUUCGAAACGUAAAUCUGAACCAGUUAAGAAACCGGCAAAGCGUAAUAAGAAGAAAAUCGACGAAGAUUAUGAGUCGGAUCAAAGCGACGACUACAAUGCUAAUGAUGGACCUUCAGCAGAGGUGAUAAUUCCGUCCGACGAUAUUAACAAUCAUGAACAAUUGCCAGAGGACUUACUUAAAACUUACGAUAAAGGACCAGGUCGGUUACUCAUCUCUGGUAUGGUUACCUGGGACAUGACAGGAAGAAAAGCCGGUACCAAAGGUACCGCUAAAGUUCGACCGAAUCUCUACUCGUUUCAUCGCUUUACUUCAGAAACGUACCGCUCCGUGGUGAGUGGAUGCUGCUCGGCUCAUUCAGUGCUGAUAACAUCAGAUAUGAAGGCAUUAGCAUUUGGUCGCAACCAAUUUGGCCAACUGGGACAAGCGGAUCUGAAAACAAUCGAAAAACCUACACAGGUUUCCGGUUUGGAGUGUUUCAAUGUCAUCCAGGCAGCUUGUGGCCGAAACCAUACACUUUUCUUAACAGACGCGGGUAUCGUUUAUGCAUGCGGCGACAACAAAAGCGGACAGUGCGGUGUUGGUAAUACCCAGCCAAUGAUUUUAAAGGCAACUCGUAUUAAUUACGGAGGACCGCCCAUUAUUCGGAUUGGAUGCGGCGCCGAUUUCUCUAUGAUACUUGAUAUAAAGGGCAAUUUGUAUUCUUUCGGGCUACCGGAAUACGGCCAGCUCGGACAUAACACUGAUGGCAAGUAUUUCGUAACGUCCAAUAAAAUGUCUUUUCAUUUUGAAACAUCGCCCAAAAAAAUUGUUUUAUACGUUGAAAAGGCUAAAGACGGCCAUGUGACACCGAUCGAUGAUGUUAAAAUUGUGGACUUCUCAUGCGGCAACAAUCAUACAGUCGCGAUUGACUCGAAGAAUAGAGCGUUCAGCUGGGGAUUCGGAGGAAUUGGGCGACUAGGCCACUCCGAGCAGAAGGACGAGAAAGUUCCUAGAUUGAUUAAAUUUUUCGACUUUCAAAAUCGUAAAGUUCUGCGUGUUUUCUGUGGUACUUCCUAUAGCCUCGCAACUACCGACAUAGGUAACCUUUAUUUGUUUGGUCAAAAUAAGAAGACUGGUGAAGCGAAUAUGUACCCGAAACCAGUACAGGAUUUAGCCGGAUGGAACAUUACCAGUAUUGGGACUAGUUACACUUCAAUUGUCAUUUCUGCCGACGAUUCUCUAAUUGCUUGGGGAGCAUCUCCGACGUACGGUGAGCUAGGUCUUGGAGAUUUGCAGAAAUCAUCUUCGACACCGAAAGCGGUUUCUCGUUGCGAUGGCAUGAAAAUACCGCAAAUUUCAAUGGGUUACUCGCACACUUUGCUUCUCGUGAAUACAGAGCAUGAACUGACUAAACAAAAAUACAACACAUUCCCGGAAUUCAUUAUAGAUUAAUCAAGUUCAGGUUUAACUUUUGUGUGAGCCUUACUAAUAUCCGUUCGUCUAUUUUGGCAGGUUCAACUGCUUAUUUUAUUCUUUUACUUAUGUAACAUUAAUGUUAACUCCACACAACACGUCUCCUAUAAAUAAAAUCAUUUUAUAAUGGA